CUCUUGUCCCUCCUCUGCCGGAGGUGUUUUGCGGCUUGCCAUGCCCAAUGUUUAAACUGUCAGUGUCGGUGUCACUGGCUUUGUAUUUAUAGUAACUGGGUAGACUUCGCUAUUUAUAAUUUAGCGGUCUGGCUGCCCCUCUCCAGAUAAAGCAAGCCAACAGCCUGACUCAGGCUCUUUUCUAUUCCCUCACCAGUGACUGCAGGCAUGCUGUGUCUUAGCCUUUCUAUUAUUACCCAGCUCACCUCUUCUCUCCUUCUAUGGCCUUUAGAGUGGACUCAAGUUGGAGUUUUGCUCUCCAUGGCUGCCCAAAACAUUAUUCAACCAAUCAUUUCGUCUUGUCGAAGUCACUCGGAGAAAGAAUAUUUCUGAAAAUGUUUUGAGAAUAGUGAACUUACUGACUUUAUCUUUAAACAAUCUUAAGAUUUAUGUAGUUGUGUAUUCUUCCCUCGUGCUUUCAUAAAUUAAUUAGGUCUACACACAUUGGUUGGGUUUUGGUAUUUCAGCUGCAACAGAUUUAGGUUAAAUUUGUGUAGAAAAUAUGGAUGUAAGACAUUAUCAAUACUCUGAAAUACUGCAGUACUUUGUGUAGAAAAUUUACAUGUACAGUGUUUAUUUUGUGUCCUAAAAUCAAUAUCACGAUAUAUUGAGGAUUUCACCUGAUAACGAUAAAUGGACGAUAACUGCUUGUAUGCGCAGAAACAAAAGUGGUCCACUAGAUGGGGCUGUCACAUGAAUUACGUUGAGUCACAUUUUUACAUGACUCAAGGUGGUUCAGCGUCUUUAGGGAACCUGAGUGUUGCCAACAUACACACCUCUUUUAAUUUUUUUAUGACCAAAUUUGUUGACAUGGGAAAAAUCCUGGAUAAGAGUCAGAAAUUUUGAUAACGAUACAUUUUCUAUGUGUUACUUAGCCCUACUUCCUAUAUUUGGUUGUUUUUCAAACUAGGGCUGGGCGAUAUGGCCUCAAAUCUAUAUUGUGAUAUAAUCUGAAGCAUGUGCGGUAACGAUAUAUAUUGCGAUAUAUUUUUUCCUCUGUUUAUAUAUGUCAAAAUGACAUGCUUUUACAUAUCCUCAUGUGGCAAAUAUAUGCCACUUGAGGCAUAUAGGCCUCCUCCUCCGCCCACUCCAUGCUUGCAGUCACUGCCACUCUGUUGUCCCGAUGUCAGCAGGGUGCACAUCUUAGUGACGUCAUGUGUUAUCGCGAUAUUGUGGUAUUGCGAUAUAGCCAAAAACACCAUCAUUACCCAAUUUUGUAUCGUUUCUACCUUAUAUGGUUUAUAUUGCCCACCCCUCUUUCAAACUGCGACCAGGGCAGUCCGCUAUUCACAGUUAAAAAACAAUAAUAAGCAAGUACAUCCGUUUAUGAAAUUAAUUAUUUAAGUACCUCUAUUGGCUCAUGUCUCAAAGAGAAGCCCAAGUCCAAACCGUCCAAAGUUGAUGCCAAAGCCGUUUCAAAUGAGCGCCACUCCUAAGCCAACACCAUCUUUUUAUGUUUUCACCAUCACAGCUCUGGUGCUAAGCUAAUCUGACCUCUCUCUACAAACAUAGAGCGCUGUGAUUGGCUGGUCCUAAAGUUGUUCAAGCCAGUGGUAGUCCUGCUGAGGCUUCAUUGGCACAUUGCUAUAUCAACCUGCCAUGCUUGGGCGAUAUCAACAUUUUAAUACCUUCCAACUUCCUCCACAUUUUACCGAGGUAUACAGUAUUAGCAGAACUAAUUUAAAAAUGAGGACAUAAGUCUCAAAUGGAAUGACCAAACUGUUGAUUUGGACCUCCACUGUUCAGAAACCAAAUAACAAGUACUAUUACUAAAACUUUAACAACAUAACACACAUUAUUCAAAAAUUUUCUAAACGCCGCUUAUAGAAACAUUUUUAGCCUGGAAAAACCAGCAUGUUUACAUUUUCUGGCUUCAACACAGGAAGUUGUAGACCGACUGCUUUGCCUCAGUGCUGGAAAACCCACUUCGAUGAGUUUGUGGGUCAGACCUUGGGGCUAGUCGCAGGGUCUGGGGGAGGCUGGCAGUAUAUUUGCACCAGAAAAGUGUGUUGUCGUCUAUUUUAAUAGCAGGCUCCAAACACGGCUACUAUUUCAGCUUUAACUCCUCGGCUCCUCUGCUGAGCUGACGGGGCGUGCGUCUUUUGCGGUCAUCAUUUGUUUGCACAAAUUACUUCAUCAGGGUUUACCGGCUCUGUUAUUGACCCUCUCAGGCUCAAAAUAAGUUUUGAUAAAAGGACGAACAACUAAGUCCUUCAGGGGUACUUCUGAGUAAAAAAAAUGCUCAUGAAUUACGUACGUGGAGUAACCAGGUAGGCAGGUUUUAACUGUUGCAAGUCUGCAACGCCUGCCUCCAGAGGGUUAAGUUUGCUUUGAACCCGAAAUACUCCCAAACUGCAGAAGUUGUAUUCUUUUAGACACCAAGUCAGCUAGUACGCGAGCUGCCAUUUGUCGACUUGUCUCUUCCGCGCUGUCCGUGGCGACAUAGCAUUCAUAAUCUUUAUAGGGCGCCUAAGUCACGCCCAUCUACUUCCAGACCAUGGGUGCCCAGACGAACAACAAAAUGAAUGCAAGUCAAUGGGGCUAAAAACACUAUUUUCUAAUUCACAUAUGUCUGUGAAUUUUAAAGACGCAUUUUGAUACCAAUAAAGCUCUUAUUUUUUUUCAGUCAAGGUCAAGGUAAAUUUAUUAAUACCCACAGGUAAAUUUGAUUUGCCAUGUGACACAAGAAUUAGCGCCCAGGUUACACACAGAUACACACAGCCACAAAGCACACACAUCAAUGAAGAAUAAACAAUAAGUAAAUAAAAGAAAAUAACCACGGGGUGAAACGUUAUUUUAGGUUUUGUUGAAAAUUCGUCCAGGACUACAAAUGCCCAUCACCAAAGUGACAUCAUCGAACCAGUCACGGAGAGAAAACAGCUGUAAGUUCAGCGAACUUAAAAUCCUUCCUUCAGGAGGAAAUAGCCACCAUAAAUCUGGCCAUGUGGUAAGUAGCAGCUAAGCUAGGGGAGAGGAGAUUCUGUGGUGACAUCAUAUAUGCGACGUGCCGAUGUCUGAUUUGUAGUCAUGCUAAUUACGAACUUUUACAAGUGGAUAAAUCUCAAAGUAUGUGACUGACGUGCUCGAAACAACCAUCAUUAGUUUUCGUUUAAAUUUCAGUGCAACGUGUGCGAUCCAGGGUCUAAAGCAAAGCAGAUAAGCUUGUUUAGCCCUAAUGAUUUGCAUUCAUUUUUUCGUUCUUCCGGGGACACGAGCCGACUGGAAGGGGAGGAGACUUAACCCGGUGUCACGCUGCAAGCAUCAGCGGAACGGAGCAGCAGCGGAGCGGCUCACUCACGAUCUUCAAAGCGGUCCUUUUCACACCGGGAGAGUCUGGGCCGCGGCACGGCUUCCUCGCUGCGCCUCGCUGUACCCGCGAGAUUCUAAAAUCCCUCGAGACUUCCGAUACCUUCUUCAUCGAGAGAUCACAACCCCCACGAGGAAUCACACCGAUGCUCUUCUAGAAAGAAACUGGUGGUACACAAAGCCGUUCGGUCACACGUACUGAUCACGUGCACGGAAGUUUAGAAGAUCCCAAAACCCUAACUCACCAUAAACUUAUACAUGCUGCUUCAGAAAGGGUCCUCACAGACACUAAAACUGUUGCUGAUGAAAAUCUCAAAGAUAAAGAUGUUUUGCUGCUCAUAAAGAAGAGGCCGCCGCCAACCCCACCAAAGAUGGCAGAUGUUAGUACAGAUGAAAAAAAGAAAAUCGACAACAAAGCUCCAGACAAAGAUGCUAUCCAGAAAGCCACUGCCAGCCUGUCCACCCGGCACACGGACCGCACUGUCACGCAGCACAACAUCAGAGACUUUCAAACGGAGCUCAGAAAAAUCCUGGUGUCUCUUAUUGAAGUUGCACAGAAGCUCCUUGCCUUGAACCCUGAUGCUGUUGAACUCUUCAAGAAAGCCAACGCAAUGCUGGAUGAAGACGAGGAGGAUCGGGUGGAUGAAGCAGCCCUCCAGCAGCUGACAGAGAUGGGUUUUCCUGAGAACAGAGCAAUCAGAGCUCUUAGACUGAACCACAUGUCUGUGACCCAGGCUAUGGAGUGGCUCAUCGAGCACGUGGAUGAUCCCUCUGUGGAUUCACCCCUACCGGGGCAGGACUGCUCUGGGGCAGCCGCAGCUGCAGCAGCCACCACACCGGCCCCCUCAGCUUCAGCCUCUGGUUCCAACAUCCUCCAUAACGUCUCCAGACAGUCGAGCGCGGACGAAAGCAGCAGGCAGGAUGAACUCACCGAGAUCUUCAAGAGAAUCCGAAGGAAAAGGGAGUUCAGACCAGAUUCAAGAGCUGUUGUCGCACUGAUGGAAAUGGGCUUUGACGAGAAGGAGGUGAUCGAUGCUCUGCGAGUCAAUAAUAACCAGCAGGAUGCUGCGUGCGAGUGGCUGCUGGGGGACAGGAAACCUUCUCCAGAAGAUCUGGACAAAGGCAUCGACACCGACAGCCCUCUGUUUCAAGCUAUCCUAGAAAACCCAGUGGUGCAGCUGGGCCUAACCAAUCCCAAGACCCUGUUAGCGUUCGAAGACAUGCUGGAGAAUCCACUAAACAGCACCCAGUGGAUGAAUGACCCAGAGACCGGUCCGGUCAUGCUGCAGAUAUCCAGAAUCUUCCAGACCCUGAACCGCACAUGAAGCCUUGUGGAGACUCCGUGUGGACUGUUACGUCUGUUUGUGUGAUCGUGCUGAAAAUGACGAGUAUGAAUGUGGAAUAGUUUUUUCUCCUUUUGCCUUGUUAAAGCAAAGCCAGAAGAGUCAAAGUUACACUAUUUAUAACUAUACAGUGAAACACUUAUACAGAAUAAAUAUUAUUAUUACAGUAAUAAUAUAAAUAGAGAUUUAUAUGUUGUUUUUACAUUUGAAUGGUGUAUGGCCGACACGAUUUAUUUGAUGUCAGAGACGUCAGACAUCCAUUUAAUGUUUACACCUCUGAGAAACUGUUUUUGUGUAAUUUACCAUAUUUAAAUAUCAAAUACAGUUUUGUCUGGUUCUUUGGAUUGUUGCAUUUCAUUAAUAGUGAGUGUGUGGAAGACUUUUGGGUUUCUUCUUGUUUUAGUCAUCAUUAGAGCUGGUUUUAGUCUCAGUUAAACACCGAUGGUUGAAAACGGGCUUUCAGAAAUGUGACCUCUCUGUUUGCACCAGUAAGGUCGCCGUAGGUCACCUGCCUCUCAGUUCAAAGACAACAACAUGACUUCUUUUAACAGAUUUGAUUGUUUUUUAGCCUUUUUGGAGACUCUAAAUUGGAAGUCAGUCUUGAUUUUACAUGUUAUAGUAGGCCUGCGUGUUUUUUUGUUCAAAUUGACGUGACUGUCAUAUGUUUAGCUCAUUUAGCACUUGUUGACUUAUUUGAAUUGUGCUCACUGCAGCAGCGUGGAAGUUAAAACAAGGGUUAAUGCUCUGAGUGAAAAGGCCAAAGCGAGGUCUUGAAUGGAGCUGAGCCUGAUCAGAGGGGUUUGCCUUUUAAACCUGAAAUUUGAAUGAUGUUGAUGUGUGCUCGCUUCAUGCUGCUGGGCAUCUUUAUGCACACACACAUGCAUCCUGUGUAGAGUUUAUGCUGUCAACCAAACCCAAAUGUUCCUGUGUAAAAUGCCUUGUCAUCAGUUCUACCCAACGGAGGAUAAAAAGAACGAUUUCUGUGCAAUAAGUACGUCUUUUAACCUACAAGGACAUGCAUCCCAUCGGAAUAUUAGAGAUAUGUUGAAUACAAAGGUUUGUUUUACGCUAUUAGCCUUUGCAUUGAGGACUCUGCAGCUAAAAGUUGGGGUUCUUUACCUCUACUAGUUUAAAUAAGAUAAAAAACAAUAUGGUGUGUUUUUGGUUGUCUUGUUUUUUCUGCCAAGCUUUUGAGUGUUUUAUUCUACACAUGUAGUACUUUUGAGUGUUUUAUUCUACACAUGUAGUACUUUUGAGUGUUUUAUUCUACACAUGUAGUACUGAUGUGACUUUCUGCUCAGGGAGGCUUUUAGAUUGUUGUUAUGGCAAACCCCUGCUCAACUCCUGCUAGUUUGGCUUUAACAAAUCUCUAAAACCUUUUGGUGAAAAAGAACAAUUCAGAACACGGUUUCAUAAAAGCAAUAUUUGAAAAAUGCUUUUGGAAUAAGGUGUCUGUUUGAACUAUGUUGUAUUACAUUAUUUAUAUGAAAGCCAAACUCAUAACUUGAUCUUAUUUAUAAUAUUCUAGCAGACCUCAAAGCUUAUCUUCGAAUGUGAACAUAUAAAUGCUUCAGCUGCUGUUUUACAAGCCAGUAUACGGAUGUGCUUGUUAUGAAACUGGUGGGUUGGCGUGAUUUCAAGUGGUGCAACAUGUUUGAGCGAGGGUGGAUUUUAACACGUCUCUGGAAGCCUCCACUCUUAAGCGGACCUUUAUUGUAUUGCUGUGAAUCAAGCAUUGGGAGAUUGUACACUUAAAAGGAAACGAUGCACAGGAAAUGCAGUCAUCUUUCAAAAUAACAAACAGGAAGUGAAAGGAACUUUGUUGCCUUUGAAUCCUGAAGAGUUGAAGAUGUUGGAGUCACCUGAUGUUUUCUCUCUACUGACAACACAACGUUGUCCCAGAUCAACAGUCUAUGCAAUCUACUCCGUUUCUGUUUUUGGUUUUCUUCUGUCAGUCUCAUCACGGCUGCUGGCAUCUAAAACAUCCUCACAUUAAAGUUUUUCUGGCUGUA